AUUCUGCUCCCACUAUCGCCAGCAGCAAAAUAACUAGCAGCCAUGAAGUGGGUGGAAUCAAUUUUUUUAAUUUUUCUACUAAGUUUUGCUGAAUCCAGAACUCUGCAUAGAAAUGAAUAUGGAAUAGCCUCCAUAUUGGAUUCUUCCCAAUGUAAAGAGGAGGUGAAUUUAGCUAACCUAGCUACUAUAUUUUAUGCUCAGUUUUUUCAAGUAGCCACUUACGAAGAAGUAAGCAAAAUGGUGAAAGAUGUCUUGACUACAAUUAAGAAAUCCACUGACAAUGGGUGUUUUGAAAAUCAGCUCUUUACCUUUCUGGAAGAAAUCUGUCAUGAGAAGGAAAUUUCUGAAAAGUAUGGACUUUCAGACUGCUGCAGCCAAAGUGAAGAGGAAAGGCAUAAAUGUUUACUUGCACACAAAAAGACAGCUCCAGCAUCCAUUCCACCCUUUCAAGUUCCAGAACCGGUCACAAGUUGUCAGGCAUAUAAAGAAGACAGAGAGACAUUCAUGAACAGAUACAUCUAUGAGGUGGCAAGAAGACAUCCCUUCCUGUAUGCACCUACACUUCUUGCUUUGGCUGGUCGCUAUGACAAAAUCAUUCCUCCUUGCUGCAAAGCUGACAAUGCAGUUGAAUGCUUCCAAACAAAGGCAGCAUCGAUUACAAAAGAAUUAAAAGAAAGCAGCUUGUUAAACGAACACGUAUGUGCAGUAAUGAAAGAUUUUGGACCUCGAACCUCCCAAGCCAUAACUGUUACUAAACUGAGUCAAAAGUUUACUAAAGUCAAUUUUACCGAAAUCCAGAAACUGGUCCUGGACGUGACCCAUGUACACGAGCAGUGCUGCAGAGGAGACGUGCUGGAGUGUCUGCAGGAUGGGGAAAAGAUUAUAUCCUAUGUAUGUUCUCAACAAGAGUAUCUGUCAAGCAAAAUAGCAGAGUGUUGCAAAUUACCCAUACUUGAACUUGGUCAAUGUAUCAUCCACGCAGAAAAUGAUGAAAAACCUGAAGGUCUAUCUCCAAAUCUAAACAGGUUUUUAGGAGAUAGAGAUUUCAACCAAUUUACUUCAGGGGAAAAAAAUAUCUUCUUGGCAAGUUUUGUUCAUGAAUAUUCAAGAAGACAUCCUCAGCUUGCUGUCCCAGUAAUUCUAAGAGUUGCUAAAGGAUACCAGGAGUUAUUGGAGAAGUGUUUCCAGUCUGAAAACCCUCUCCAAUGCCAAGAUAAAGGAGAGAAAGAAUUACAGAAAUACAUCCAGGAGAGCCAAGCGCUGGCAAAGCGAAGCUGUGGUCUCUUCCAGAAAUUAGGAGAAUACUACUUACAAAAUGCGUUUCUUGUGGCUUACACAAAGAAGGCUCCACAGCUGACAUCAUCUGAACUGAUAGCCUUCACCAGAAAAAUGGCUGCCGCGGGGGCCACUUGUUGCCAACUCAGUGAUGACAAAUUACUGGCCUGUGGUGAGGGAGCGGCUGACCUUAUCCUUGGACAAUUAUGUAUCAGACAUGCAGCGACCCCUGUCAACCCUGGUGUUGGCCAGUGCUGCACUUCUUCGUAUGCGAACAGGAGGCCAUGCUUCAGCAGCUUGGUGGUGGAUGAAACAUACGUUCCUCCUUCAUUCUCUGCUGACAAGUUCAUCUUCCAUAAGGAUCUGUGCCAAGCUCAGGGUGUAGCACUACAAACAAUGAAACAAGAGUUUCUCAUUAACCUUGUGAAGCAAAAACCACAAAUAACAGAGGAACAACUUGAGGCUGUCAUCACAGAUUUCUCAAGCCUGUUGGAGAAAUGCUGCCAAGGUCAGGAGCAGGAAGUCUGCUUUGCUGAAGAGGGUCCAAAACUGAUUUCAAAAACUCGUGCUGCUUUGAGAGUUUAAAUUACUUCAGGGGGAAGAGAAGACAAAAUGAAUCUUCAUGGUCUGUUGUGAACUUUUCCCUUCAAUUGUAACUGAUUGAAUACUUUUUAUGAAUUAAUGAACUGAUGAAAACUUUUAUGUGAAAUUUCCCUAUUUUAGAAAUAAAGUAUCUCCAAAUACUCCAUUUU